AUGUGGUACAAUGAGAUGAAAAUGGAACCAAUGGACACAUCAAACACCCCAUGGUGCUGGUAUUACCUGGGAGACUGUGGAAGGUGGCACAGAUUUGAGGAUGACACAAAUAACUCCUUUAGGAGUGAGGAUAUUGAAAAAUAUUACCAAAACAACUUGAAAGGAGUUUUAAACAUUUCUUCAUCCAGCUGUCACACCAAGAUUGAUUUUGCAGCAAUGUUGCAGACUGACCUCAGUACAGGGAGGCAAAGAAGAAUCCACCGAAACUACAACAUUCAGAGAAGUUGCUCCUGCUUCAGUGCUGCUCCUAUCUUCUGGGAAAUGGUUGAUGCCACAGCUCCGUAUCAGUUAAUCCCACUGAGUGAGCUCAACUCUGAGUAUCAGACUGUGGCAGAUUAUGUGACGAAAGAUGGGCUGUUGGACAGAUCCAUUGUAUCAAUCAGCAGGAUACAGAAUAUGGACCUUUGGGAAAUAUUUUGUAGGAAAAAGCAACAGUUAAUGAGGAUUCAAGGUGUCCAAGAAAUUCAAGAGAAAAGGCUCUUUCAUGGGACCAAUGCCAAAAAUGUUGACAGCAUUUGCAAGUAUAACUUUGAUUUGCGAUUAGGUGGACAAAACGGCCACUCGUAUGGAAAAGGAAUAUAUUUCGCAAGACAUGCAUCAUUUGCGGACAAAUACAGUGAGAUCAGCACAAAUCCUUUGUCACUGUAUGGCAGCACAACACAAGGUGAACAAACUAAGAUCAUAUUUUUGGCUCGGGUGAUAACUGGAAAAUCAAAAGUUGGACAAUAUCAUUUCCAAAAACCUGAUCAUCAAUGUUCUGAAAACCUCCAUGACAGCUGUGUGGAUGAUAUUAUCCCUCCCACAAUUUUUGUAAUUUUUGAUCCAAAUCAAAUAUAUCCAGAGUAUUUGAUUCAGUACAAAUGAAUGCAACGGAGCACAACAUGGGUGAUGAAUUUUCAUCAACAUU